AUGAUCUGGCUUCCUGGACCAGUCUCUUUAUCAUCGCGCAAAGCGCUGGUCGCUGCAGUUCUCUUUUUCUUCUUGUUCUGGCAUCUAUCGUCCGUGUCUAAAUCAUCAGCGCCAACAAAAAGGCUACAAUUCGUACCAAGCACAUUUGACUGGUCAACCCUACGCCAAUAUUAUCCUCCCUCAUCCAUCAAAUCUCUACCAACGGAGAAGCCUCACCAGUUGCCUCGUGUCCAGGCAGAUGCGAACAAAUUCCGUCAGACAUCAACCACAAAAAGUCGUCAAAAAGCUGUCCGCGAUGAGUUUCUUCGCAGUUACAAGUCAUACAGGCAGUACGCUUGGAUGAAGGACGAGUUGACGCCUCUUACUGCCCAGGGUAAAGACACCUUUGGUGGGUGGGCAGCAACGUUGGUGGAUUCUCUGGACACGCUAUGGAUCAUGAAUCUCAAGGAAGAGUUCAGUGAGGCUGCCCAAGCGGCUGCAACUCUUGACUGGGGACAACCUCAUGAAGGUGCUGUCAACUUGUUCGAAACGACAAUUCGUCACCUCGGUGGUCUUCUUGGUGCCUACGAACUAAGUCACGAAAAGGUAUUGCUCCAGAAAGCCAUUGAACUGGGAGAAAUGCUUUACGUUGCCUUCGACACACCCAACAGACUACCUGGCUUCUGGCUAAACUUUGAAGAUGCCCGGAACGGAAAGCAGGUCGCGGGAGUCCAUGAUCCUUCUGCUUCGCCCAGUUCUUUGGUCAUGGAAUUUACCAAACUUUCAAUGCUGACGGGCGAUCCCAAAUUCUACGAUGCCACAGAUCGAGUAACGCAGUUUCUUGUCAAGGUUCAGAACAGCACGUUAUUACCAGGAAUGUGGCCCCUCAGUCUCGACUUUCAGAACGAGCAAGCACACGACAACACAUUCUCUCUUGGAGCACUGGCCGAUUCCCUCUAUGAGUACCUCCCGAAGAUGCAUGCACUGCUGGGUGGCGUAGACGAGAAUUAUCCCACCAUGUACCGCACAGCUAUGGAUGUAGUGGUGAAGCAUUUACUGUACCGACCUAUGCUGCCGGGACAGGACGACGUAUUGUUUUCUGGUGACGCCCGCGUCAAUGAAAGAAUCGAACUGAGCACCGAGAGCCAGCAUCUUACCUGUUUCACUGGAGGUAUGUUUGCUCUUGGUGGCAAGCUUUUGGGCAUUGAAGAGCAUGUCAACAUUGGAGAAAGACUUGCCCGCGGAUGCGGAUGGGCAUACAAGUCAUUUCCCACGGGCAUGAUGCCUGAAAUCUUCAACCUCUUGGCCUGUCCGAGUCUAGAACCGUGUGUGUACGACAAGGAGCGCUGGAAUCCCCCAAGGGAUGGCAUUCCCCCAGGUUUUCGACAUGCCCGAGAUCCGAGAUAUCUUCUUAGGCCAGAAGCCAUCGAAAGUAUCUUUAUCAUGUACCGCAUUACAGCGGAUCCGAUCUGGCAGGACAUGGCAUGGGAUAUGUUUGAAUCGAUUGUUCGAUUUACAGCCACUCCACACGGAAACGCAGCAAUUGAAGAUGUUGUGAACGUGGAUACAAAGCAAACAGAUUCCAUGGAGAGUUUCUGGUUGUCAGAGACACUCAAAUAUUUUUAUCUCAUAUUUUCACCACCUGAUCUUGUUAGCUUGGAUCUGAAUGAACCACCACCAGCAGCAGAAGAAUCCACAACAUGUCGCGAAUGUCGGAGGCGCAAAGUCAAAUGCGACGGUGUCAUGCCCGUUUGCACCAUCUGUCGAAAGUACAGGCGUCACUGUUUAUACGACAAGCAUAGUAGAACAAGGUUAACCAGAAGACAACUCACUCUCUUGGAAGAACGUCUGGAAAAAGCCGAAACUGUUCUUCGGCGCCACUACACCGACAGUCAAAUCGCAGAGAUGCUAGAAGAGUCCAAAGAAGGACUACUAGCUCAAAGUAAAGCACAAGAACCCACACCACAGGUUCCAGAGUCAACACCAGCACCAACACUAGCACAAACCCCAGGGUUAGUCAGCCUGCCUGCUACCACUCCAGGAACCACAGACAAUCUCAUGCAACUACCGACUCCCACUACAGACCCCGGCUUUUACUUGGCGGGUCAAUCCAACAUAGCGAACCUAACUGCGGAUCCAUUCCUGCUGGCACCCAUCGGCGAAUUGGAAGCAAGUGCUGGACUAUGGGCUGGUUCGCAAGAUGCUGCAUUUGAAUUUGCCCCAGCUACCGCCGAUGAUUUCGAAUGGAACGAGCAGGAAACGUCAUGGGGGACCUACGAUCCUGCCAGCUGGUCUAUAACAAAUCAUGUCGACGGCAAUCCAUCUCAAGCCAUCAUGGAUGGUAUGGCUUCCUUGACCAUCGGGGACCAGAAAAGAGGUUAUUAUGGAGCUGCGUCAGGAUCCGCUCUUUUACGACAGAUCUUAUCAGCCCGCCCAGACGGUGAAGAGGUGGACAAUGACGUUGCACUCCACGAGAUCGAAUCUUUGUUCCAGCAGCACUCAGAUCAUUCACAAUGGUUCCGCUCACAAGCUAUGCUGACUAGAGUCGCCGUCGAAAGUCUCAUCGACGCUUUCUUCGUCUUUUACCAUCCCACAUUCCCCAUUGUUCACGAGCCUACCUUCCGAGCCCAAUACGCAGGGACAUUACCAUGCGCCAACAAAGGCCACUGGAACACUCUAGCAAACAUCCUAGCGGCUCUAGGAUCCUUUGCGAGCAGUAAUGUAGCUGAUGCGACUGAUCUUCCCAUCUUUCAAGCAGCGCAAAAGAGUUUGUUUUCAAAUUACCUCGAGGUUGGCAAUCUCACCCUCGUGCAGGCAUUCAGCUUGUCGUCCAACUAUAUGCAGAAAAGGAAUAAACCAAAUACCGGAUUCAACUAUGGCGGACUUGCUAUUAGGCUGGCCAUCGGACUGGGUCUCCACAAGGAUUUGGAAGGGAACAGUCUGUCACCUUUACAAAGUGAGACGAGACGUAGGAUAUGGUGGUGUUUGUGUGUACUUGAUGUAGGCGCUACCAUCACCUAUGGGAGACCGCUUAACUGGCCUCAGGCUGGUGUCGAGACCGCGUUCCCCCAGAACAUACAUGAAAAGGAUCUCACCCACGAUUCAACUCACUGUCCACCAGAAGUCGACGGUAUUACCAUGUACACCUACAUUCGCGUCCAAUCAGCCUACCAUCUCAGCACAAUGACAGUCUACAACCGCCUCAUAACCAGCCCCUUCCCAUCCGCCACAGAACUCAUCACUCUCGACGACGUUUGCAUCGGCUCUUGGCUUGCGCAAGUACCAUACUACUACCGCACCGUUCCUCCACCAGACUCUGAGUAUGGUCUUGGUAUGGGUAUCUCAGAAUGGCGUUAUAGAAAUCUACGUAUCGUUAUGUACCGCCCUUUCUUGGUCAGAUGGGCAAGAUCAUCAGCACAAAAUACACAGCAGAAUUUGACCAGCAGUGAGAAUUUGGCAGUAUUUAGAUGUCUCGACGCGGCCAAGGAGUCUGUCAUGCAUAUACAAAGUUACUGGACAUCUCGCAGACAUUCAAGAUUAGCUGCUUUCUAUAUCCUGUAUUUCUUAUUCCAUGCCACUUUGAUCCCUGUACAUUGCCUCAGGCAGAACCCUCAUCACGCUCUUGCGCCAGACUGGCGGUCGCAGAUCCAAGCCUCCCUUACCGUCAUGGGCGGCAUGGCCGAGCUCAACCCCAACAGCUCCAAGUGCCGCGACAUCACGCUUAAGCUGUGCUGGCCUCAUUUAAACGAGGACGGCACACGUACAUACUGCGAAAACCCGACAUUUAUGCCAAAUGUAGCAGAGAAUGAAGCAGCUUCCAUCAUCAGCGGUUACAAUACAUGGUGCGAGUCCAUGACCAACGCUGGAAUUUCGGUGCCGACGUAUGAGUGGGCAGACGAUAAUGAUUCAGCGCUGGGUUUCUUUUAA